AUGAGGCAUAAAGGAAUUUCAUUGCAGAGCAUUGGGGAAUUCAUACUCACACAUUCUAAGAUACACCUUCCUAACAAAGGAAAGAUCUACAGCAUCAAUGAGGGAAACGCAAAAAAUUGGUCGGCUGGUCUUGCUGCUUACAUACAUGACAGGAAGUUCCCACCAGCUGGCAAGAAAGUGAUGACUCAGCGUCACGUCGGAUCAUUGGUGGCUGACAUCCAUCGCACACUCCUUUACGGAGGAAUGAUGCUCCGGACGCUAAGUCUCCUGUAUGAAUGCGCUGCAAUGUCAUUCAUUAUCGAACAAGCUGGAGGUCUCGCGAAGACGGGAAAGAGAUUCCGUGAAAGCAUCAGAGUUUCAGCGUGCGCUACUCGACGUUAUUCCCGACAAUAUAAUCAACGAACGCCUUUCUACGCUGGAAGUAAGGAGGAUGUCGAGGAGUUACUCACUUACAUCAAUAACGAGUAA